CCACCAAACUUACUGGUAUGGCCACAUAAUCGAUCCAGGAUCAACACAGUCAAUUAACGAACAAGAAGGGGUUGUAUUGGUCCAUACACAAUUUUAAGCAAGAAGUUGAGAUGCAAAACGUUAUGUGGGAGCACUGAAAAGUUAGCCUUUUAAAUUACGUGCAUAACGUGAUUUCAACUAGUGGCGCAGAAGGCUCGCACGGAACGAGGAUCUAAAAAUGCGGCAGUGUAAACACCACUUUUAACUUCUCCGUCUCAAACACCCCAUGCGGCAAAGAAGGAUGUUCUCCUUGUUCACACGGCACAGUAAGGAAGGAUGGGUUCGUUUGCCAAAAUGACCCACACGAUCUAGGUGCACGUAAUUCAGGAAGAUGGAGUAAGCUGGUGAAACGAGUGAUACUGUCAUUUAUACUAAAGGCGCCCACAUUCAUAGAUAAGAGAACUACUGGAUUUUUUUUCACUGCGACAGACAGCAUGCAAUCCUUUGGAGAAAUAUCGAAAAGGCCCACAAACCCAUGGCAUCAGUUUAAACAUGCUUUAAAAGUUCCCUCAAGUCAUGGCAGCAGCUUAGACAGCAUGGAAGAACAUGGAAAGAGAAAGGCAACUGUGGCAAAUGUUCAUGUCGUGAUAGUCGAGGCUACAAACUUGAAAAUGGUUGAUAAAAAAGGAAGCAAUGACCCCUACUGCGUUCUAGGUCUAGUCCAACAGGGGUCCUCUAAUCUUGACAUAGAUAAAGAACAGUGGGCACAGGGGUCCCCAAAGAAUUCCCCACUUCCUUCUCGUAAACUAAAACAAAGGCAGCCCUCCUUGGAAUGCAGUGAUGCCUACAAGACACAAACUAUCAAGGGCACCUUGUCACCCAGGUGGAAUGAGGAAUUCAUACUCCCAGUUCAUAAUUUGCCUAAAGAAGAACUUCAUGUAUAUCUUUGGAAUCAUGAUGGAGGUUGUCGCUGCUGCUCAAGUGAAGCACCAUGUCAUAAAAAACCUUCAGGAUUCAAAAAUUUCUUGAAGGCUAUCAAGCACAAUCUUGAAAACAGCCAUCACUUUGAUGAUCUCAUGGGUAUGGUGGCAGUGCCACUCAAGGAUUUGAGCACAACUCCCAUUGAUAGGUGGUUUGACAUGAAGAAGCAUGGAAAUUCACAGAAUAACCAGCAUGGCCGCCUUCGACUGCAGCUUAACCUUAUUCCCACACAGAGAGAAGAUGACCAGUGCUCUUUAGAAGACUAUUAUGAGGUAGUGGAAAAAAUGUACAAUCAUGCAGCUGAGUACAAGAAUGAAGAAGACAUAGUAGAACUCUCAGCAGCAACCAAGAAAAUUUUAGAGAAGUUUGCAGAUAGGAAUAAUAUCUCUCGAAUGACACAAUGCCUAAUAGAAUUGGUAUUAUUUCUUGAGUGGACAGCGUCCAGUGAAAAGCCCAGUUUUACUGACCGCCAAAUUUCUGGUGCCAUGAUCUCAAUGGAACAAGCCUUGAUUCAGCUUAGACCGCUGGGAGCAGUUUGUACAGAGACAGAGUUGUCUAUGUUUUUGAGAGCUUGCCAGUCCUACACGCAGCAUUACCUUUACUCCCUGGCACAAUUGCCACAAGUGUUUCCUCCAGACACUGCGCACUUUGAACAACUGGCAGCCCAGCUCAGUUUAAUACUGAGACUCAUCCAUUUAAAAAUUGACAGCAGUGGAUCUGCCUUUGCACCACUGAAAGAUCGUAUCCAUGCACAAAUACAGUCUGAUGUCAAUACUUGGAUCGAGGCGAAAGCAGAUGAAAUCAGGUCUGAUCAGAUUGAUAGUGUAAUACCAGAGACAGCAGGUCUGGUUGAACUCAUAGAUGAGGCUUGCAUCUUGUCAACUCCUACAACAGCUCACAAAGAGUUUUUUCUCAGUAUGGGCAUUGACUAUUUCAAGCAUGUGUCCCUGGCAAUGGAUAGAAUUUUUUCCUGUAAGGCACAAGCAUUGAUGCUACAGAUGAAUAAGUAUUUAUUUCGAUACCAAAAGUUUCCAGACAAUGUGAACAGGGCCAGCAAGAUAUCCCUCAAGUUGUAUCUGCACCUGAAAAAACUACAUGAGUCAGUGAAAAGCAACUGCAGUAGCAGAGAUCUUUUCAAGAUGUCAUUGAGGGACUAUACUGAAUGGUUCAAGGAUGCUGUGAUAUUUUGGUUGCAGACAUUUAAAAUUGAGUGUGACAAAAGAAUAGAAAAAUCUCUGGAAAUAGACAGAGAUUUUGUCCCUGUUACAUCUCUUGUGAAAUAUUCCAACUCUUCAGUGGAUGUGCUCUCUUGUUUUGCAAAGAUUACUGCAGAGUGGAACCAAAUAUGUUUUGGCGAUGCAGAUUCCUUUGUGAUGGGAGUGACAAAGAUCACAGAUACAAUUUGUGAUGGAGCCAGAAGAUAUGCUGAUAAAAUAAGCUGCAUAUUAGAGAGAAAUGGUUAUUAUGACAAAGACAGAGAGGCAUUUGAUAUUACAGAUCAGCUUUGCAUCACUCUCAAUAACAUAGAGCAUGUAAGGCAGUACUUGAAGGAACUUCCUGCGUUACUGCGCUGGACAGAGGUUGUGGAGGCUGUCUCACUAAAACAUGAGUCUGACUCUAUUGGCAGAAAAACUGAGCGCACACUUCAUCGGCUAAGGAAAACAGCAAGCAGUGACUUGCUGAUGAAAAGUGACCAGUUAUUACAGAAGAUAGCCGAGCGAAUGAGUUCAGAUAUCAGACGCCAUAUUGCUGUAUUCACAAACGUUCCCACUACAGAGACUGACAAGAAAGGGAAAGAAAAGCCACAUAGUGGUCAUGCUACGGACUCUCUCCUCCUGUACAUCGACAGUAACUUACAGACUCUGUAUGAACGCCUUUUGUCAUCAGUAUACCCUCACAUAAUGGCGGCUAUAUGGAAGGUCAUAGUGCGCUGCAUUGAUGAGGACUUGCUGAAUGGGCAACACCCAGAUUAUUAUACCCAAAUUCAAAAGUAUGUUGACAUUCUUCACAGUUAUUUCACCCAAAAUGGAAUGCAAUAUGUAGACAUAGAUGGUUGCUAUGGCAACUUGAGAGAUCGUCUGCAGCUGAACUCCUGCUCUACUGAGGAGAUUAUACUGCAGCACUUUCAAUCUUUGGCAGAUGAUGUGAGCACUCCUGUCUUUGAAUCUUAUGGUCAAGUAGCCAUGAAGGUGGGAUAUAUGGAGGAGACACAUGGGGUGGUCACACUGUUUGUCAAAGUAAUAAGUUGCACAAACUUGCCUGGUUUGGACAGAAGUGGACUAAGUGACCCCUAUGUAGCUCUAGAUCUCCAACCAAGAACAUUGUUCCCAGAGGUGAAAACCCAGAAAACACGGGUAGUGAUGGCUAAUCUCAACCCAGUUUACAAUGAAAUAUUUGUAUU